CCCAUCAAAAGCCCUUUCCCUCUGACAUUCCACAUUUCUGUGUGUGUGUGUCUCUCUCUCCCCAGUAAUGCCUCCGAAUCUUUGCCUCAUUCUCUUCUUCUUCGUUAAUCUCUCCGCCCUGAGCUUUUCUCCGGUCUCAGCCGUCGGCUUCAACUGGGGCACGGCGGCGUCCCACCCUCUUCCACCGCUCAAGGUUGUGGACCUCUUGAACUCUAACAACAUCACCAAAAUCAGGCUCCUCGAUCCCAAUCCCCUCGUUCUCCAGGCCCUAUCUGGCUCCAAUGUUCAUGUCACCAUCGGCAUUCCCAAUCCUAUGCUCAAACUCUUAAACUCUUCUAGGAAAGCUGCCGAAAGUUGGGUCCACGAUAAUGUCACUAGGUAUUUGUCCGGCGGCGCAGGCGGUGUUCGAAUCGAGUAUAUUGCAGUUGGAGAUGACCCAUUUCUUCAAAGUUAUGGGGACCAGUAUUAUCCGUACGUCAUGGGAGCAGUCGCCAACAUUCAGGCAGCUAUAGCCAAGGUAAACUUGGAGAGCAGGAUAAAAGUUGUUGUUCCAUGCAGUUAUGAUGCAUUCCUGUCUGAAUCUGGCCUUCCUUCAAAGGGACACUUCCGACCAGAAUUGAAUAAAACAAUGAUCCAGCUCCUGACAUUUCUUACCACACACAGAUCACCUUUCUUUGCAUCCAUUUCAUCGUUUUUAAGUCUCCGUCAAAACAAAAAUAUUUCUCUUGAUUUUACCCUCUUCAAGGAAACAGCACGCCCCCAUAAUGAUAGCCGUAAAACUUACAAAAACAGCUUUGAAUUGAGCUAUGAUACCUUAGUUGCAUCUUUAUCAAAGAUUGGGUUUCCGACAGUGGAUAUAGUUGUGGCACAGAUUGGGUGGCCUACUGAUGGAGCAGGCAAUGCUACCUCAUCAACAGCUGAAACCUUUAUGAAAGGUCUGCUGGAUUACCUCCAUAGCAGAUCAGGGUCCCCCCUUAGGCCUCGUCGUCCACCACUUGAAACCUAUAUCUUAAGCCUAUUAGAUGAAGAUCAGAGAAAUAUAUCCACUGGACCAUUUGAGAGACACUGGGGGGUGUUCACUUUUGAUGGUCAAGCAAAGUACCACCUAAACUUUGGUCAGGGCACAAAAAGCCUUGUGAAUGCCCAAAAUGUGGAGUACCUCCCCCCCAAGUGGUGUGUUCUCAACAACAACAAAGAUUUAUCUAAUGCUAGUGCUAGUGCUUUAGAGGCAUGUUCUGUUGCUGACUGCACUGCGCUUGCUCCUGGCGCAUCUUGCUCCGAUAUUGGUUGGCCUGGUAACAUUUCUUAUGCAUUCAAUAGUUACUAUCAGCAGAAUGAUCAAAGACCAGACAGUUGUGACUUUCAAGGGUUGGCCCUGAUCACAACAGUCGAUCCAUCAAACAAUAACUGCAGAUUUCCCGUUCAAAUCCGAACUUCGAAUUCGCAUUCACUUGAUGCUUCCUUUCUUCUGAAGACGAUCUCAUUAUCAGUAGUCUUUUGUCUAUCUCAACUGGUUUGUCUCCAAUAGAGCAAUGUGACUUCGUAUUCCACUGUAUUACAGUUUCAAUCUCUCUUAAAUGAGUCGUUUUCUGGGUUCGGUUAUAUCAUCAGACUAACCAUCAUCUUGAACUGAGGAGACGGCUCUAAAGCUCCAGAUUUCUUGGUAUGCUUCCUUUCUCCAUUUUGCUUCAAAUUCAAGUCGGGAAAAGUGGGCAUAUCUUCCAUUGUAUAUCUAAAAUGUGAAGCUAACUUUGUCUAAUGUCUGAGGUUAGAGAGACUAACAAUGAACCCAUAUUGUUAUUAUUAUUGUCUAACAAAAACACAUAUUCCCAUUUACUUCCUUACAUUACCUCAAUUUUCUCUGCUCUGAUUGUAUAAUCGAGAAGAUUUUGUUCAGAUCAUUAGUAUUGGAUUUGGGAAUUCAACCAUCAGUUUGUUCAAACAGUUCGAUUUCUGGGAUUCUGCUGAUUUGAACAGAAA